GGUUUCUACGUGGCAGAAUUUUUCAAGAUUUCCUCGAAAUUUAACCAUUUUACUCCUUCAAAUAUGCAUCAUUUUCGCCCUGACUGCGGCCCAAGGUGCACCCUCAAUCGUAGAACCCGUAGGAGAAAUACCAAAACCUGCCAUGAUCUCUCCCUCUGUGAUGAUGGCCAUUUUAGUUCGGAACAAACAACAUGCCCUUCCCUGGUUUUUUGCAGGGAUAGAAAAUUUACUCUACCCUAAAGACAGAAUCUCAUUAUGGAUUCGAGUUGAUCACUGUGAGGACAACUCAACUGAUGUCAUCAACCAAUGGCUAAAGAGGAUGAGAUCUCUUUAUCAUACUGUUGAUUUGCAGGUUGAUAACAGUACAACAGUAUAUGAUGGUGAGCUGGGUCCGUCUGAUUGGACAGCUGAACGCUUCACAAAUGUCAUACAGCUUCGUCAGGCAGCCUUGAGCAAAGCAAGAAAAAUAUGGGCUGACUAUCUCUUGAUGAUUGAUGCAGAUAACAUUAUUGUCAACCGAAAAACAUUGAAUAUUCUCAUGGAACAAGAAAAAACAGUGAUAGCGCCCAUGAUGAACUGUACAUCUGCUUCUCUAUAUUCAAAUUUCUGGGGCGAUAUAACAGCAGAGGGCUAUUACAGAAGAUCUGAUAAUUAUAUCAGUGUCAUCAGGCGUGCCGAAAGAGGGGUCUUCGAGGUGCCCAUGGUUCAUUCAACAUUGCUCAUCAACCUGAACCAUAAGGAUUCACGCAAGUUAUCCUACGACCCAACUCCGCCGAAUUAUGAGGGUCCUCAUGAUGACAUCAUCAGAUUUGCGUUCUCAGCGAAAUACUCAAAUGUUAAGAUGUACGUUGUCAAUACAGAUUUCUUUGGUUAUUUGGCAAAACCAUUGAGAGAGGAGGAGACCCUUGAAAGCGAGAAGGCAUUGUUCACUCACCUGAAACUGGAAGCAACAGUGGAAAGCAAUGGGACGUCUUUGGCAUCAUCAAAAUUCAUCAAAGUUCCGCCAAGAAAAAAAGACAAGCUAGGGUUUGAUAAGGUGUAUGUUAUCAACCUGCGGCGUCGCCCUGAACGACGGAAGCGGAUGGUGGAGGCUCUUGAUUAUCUUGGCAUUGAAGCAGAAUUCAUUGAUGCUGUGGACGGGAAGCAACUCAAUGAAACUUACUUGGACAACCUGGGAGUUAAAAUGUUACCUAACUAUGCAGAUCCCCAUACAAAAAGAGCGAUGACCUAUGGAGAAAUAGGCUGCUUUCUUAGUCACUACAACGUAUGGAUGGAUGUUGUCAAGAAUGACUAUGGGAAGAUCAUCAUCUUUGAAGACGACUGCAGAUUUGAACCCCUGUUCCGAUCGCGAUUUGAUCAUAAUAUCCAAGAUGCGUAUGCCAAUGUGCCUGAUUGGGAUCUCAUAUAUCUUGGACGAAAAAUCUUGCAGCUGAACGAUGAGAAAUGGGUUGACAAUGCAGACCAUCUUGUCAGGCCCCAGUAUUCCUACUGGACGCUGGCGUACGCCCUUACGCUCACAGGUGCACGUAAACUACUCGGCCAGAAGCCUCUCGGCAAAUUGGUUCCCGUCGAUGAGUAUCUGCCCAUCAUGUAUGAUAAGCACCCAACGGUGAAGUGGUCAAGCGAAUUUGAGCCACGUGAUCUCGUCACGCUGUCAACAGCACCUCUACUGAUCCAUCCCACACACUACACUGGCCAGGAAAAUUACAUCUCCGACACAGAAAUGUCAAAAACAAUCGACGACAGUCUUAAAGCGAGACCGAGACUGUCUAAUGAUGAGUUAUGACCCGAAUAAGCCAUAUCAGUAUCAUUGUUUAUUAAAAAAAUUCAUGUUAAAAUAUUGAUGUAUGUUAGUUAAUCCUUAACUGCCAGUCCCAUAGUCAGUGUGGUUUGUUUACUGUAGUACUGUGACGAUUUCUAAAGUGAGAAGAAUUUGUUUGUUUGAAAUUAUGAAUAGAAUAUAUUCUUCAGUCACUUAGUAUUGUCAUUGUGUCGUUGUGGUUAUCUUUAUCCUUGUGAAUAUAGACAUAAAUCAGCCAUGAAUACAUCGAAGUUUACACUACAUGUUUAUGUAUAGUAUUACAGUACUAUGUUGACACUGUUUAGCCAAUUGAGAGGUACCGGGGUACAAUGUACAAAAGGCCUUUCUUACUCGUAAUAGUAAAACAGUGGAGCCUCAAAUGGCUAUAUCAGGUUGACACAGUAUGUUAAUGAUAAUCAUUUUAUACUGUGCUGGUCACAGUGCUAUCCCAUCGACAGAACCUGUCCUAAAAAGAGGUAAUACUCGUGUCUUGGGCAUAAUAUCGUUAUUUUUUCUAGUCCGUGUUGCCCAAAUUAAAAUGUUUCAGAAAAAAUUUACAUUUCAUACUUUUUAUACCUGCAUGAGAUUAGAAUGCAAACUGGUUUUAAUGCUGUCUCAGUAAUGUUCAGCAUAUUUGGAACUUUCAUAAGAUUCAUAUGGAAUUGCAUUUGGUUCUGAUUUCACACACUUGAAGUCUGUUUUGGAAGGAGAAAUUCACACUUUUCGGUUAGGCGGGAGAAAGGGGUAACUAUUAUCUUUACUCGAAACGAGUGAUCAAGAAGAACGAGAAUUCCGCUGGGGGGGGGGGGGUCAUUUUGUUUACUGCAAUUGUUGGCACCCCGUCAAUAAUCUGGGGUUGAAUGGAGAUAACACAGCCUUUGAUAGCUGAGUUUUUCAGGUAUUUGACUCUUUCCUCAAACAGAAGACAGUUAUCAUAAUUGUUUGGUUUAGAAAACAAGAGCACUGGGCUAACGGGUUUCUGAUUACCGAGUACUGAGUGGUAGUGUAACUCUUGCUUGAGGGAAGUGGCGAAUACAUGAACAUACUACAUGUACUAUUUCAAAAUUGCUUAGAUUUGUCAUUUGCUCUCUAUUUCCUUGAAGAAUAAGAAUUACAAUUACUUACAGGUUUGAUAUAUUUGGCACAUUUUGUCAAAACUUUCUUUGUCACCCAAGUGGUGACCUUUCUUUAACACAAUUAACCAUGCUUGUUAUUAUAAUAAUUGAUAGUUAUUACCUAAUAAAUACUCAUGAAA